AUGACGGGACAUGAAUUUACGUUAGAGUUACUUCACCGUAAUCCUCUACAAUGUCUUGAAGUGCUACGCAUGUCCCGUGAAUCAUUUGUUUGGCUAUGUGCUCAUUUUAGAGUAAACUACACUUUAAAGGAUAGCAAACAUGUGUCGGUUGAGGAGAAGAUGGUUAUGUUUUUGAUGAUGAUCAGUCAUAACCAACGUUAUGUGAUUAUCAAGCGGAGAUUUCAACACUCAAAGCAAACAAUUCAUAAGUUUUUUCAUGAAGUGUUGGAAAAAAUGUUGCUUUUCGCACAUGACAUUAUAGUGCCAACUUCUUUUAAUCCGAAUCCAAACAUUCCGGGACAUAAUAGGAGGCUACGACGGGUGUUCAAGGGAGCAGUUGGUGCACUUGAUGGCACUUUGAUACAUGCUGUUGUCCCUGCAAACAAACGGGAUUUAUAUAGAUGUGGGGGAAAAGGAGAUUGUUACCAAAACGUAUUGGCAAUAUGUGACUUCAACAUGAUGUUUACGUUUGUUGUGGCCGGUUGGGAAGGGAUAGCACACGAUUCUAGAAUUUUAUCAGAAGCAUUAGCAAAUCCACAUGCACCAUUCCCGCUCCCACCACCAGAUAAAUAUUAUCUUUGUGAUGCCGCCUAUGUAAACAUUCGAGGUUUUAUGGCACCGUACCGUAAUGUAAGGUAUUGGCUUGGAGAUUUCCGUCGAAGACGUGCAUUAACGAAUAAAGAAAAAUUUAUGUAA